CACCACGCAGACUAAACCAUAAGACUGCACUGAACAUAACAAACCACUGUGUAAUGUAGUAAUAGUUAGAUAUAGUUAUGCAAUUAUAUUGGAAGUGCCACUCCCUCAACCUGUGCUUUAUUGUAAAUAGAAUGUCAGUCCCGCUUCUCCUACGAGAACGAGAAGAGCCUGCGUGCUGUGUAGCUAUUGUGUAUAUGUACAUAAAAUGUCAAGAUCCAUCAAAGAGCUUAAUAUCCAUUAUGACCCCAUUAACGAAAGCAAUAUUUUUACUAGUGGGGACAUUGUGGAGGGGCGAGUUGUUUUGGAAGUGACCAAAGAAAUAAAGGUGAAUCGUUUUUUUGUGAAGCUGACGGGAGACGCGAACGUGAGCUGGACUGAAGGAUCAGGCGAUGACGAAACAACCUACAGCGACCAUGAGAGAUACUUCAAACUAAAGCAAUACUUCAUUCAAGAGAGCUCGAAAAAAGGACAAAGUGAAAAGAAUACCACUCUUGUAAUUGGAGAGACUUAUGGACCAGUGAUUAGACCAGGAAGUCAUGUUUUUCCAUUCAGAUUUCAGCUGCCUCAACAAAAUAUGCCUUCAUCUUUUAAAGGAUUUCAUGGCUCGGUUAAGUACGUCAUAACAGUAAAGCUGAAGAGGCCAUGGAAGUCAUCAUCUACUACAUGUACAGAAUUAUCCUUUUUGCCCAGGAAUGAUGGGACCAAUGAUCAUUUACUGCAACCACUAUCUGGCACAGAAGAUAAGAAGAUGAAACUUUUCGGCUCAGGAAAAAUGUCAAUGACAGUAAGAACAGACAAAACUGGCUAUAUGCAAGGUGAAACAAUCCGAGUUUCUGUUGAUGUUGACAACUCUUCAUCUCGUAACGUCAAGCUAAAGUACAGCCUCAAGCAGAAACAGAAGUUCAAGGCUGAAGGGAAAACUAAAAUAAAAUUUAAGGAUAUAGUCAAGGAAACUAAAGAUCGCAUCCCAUCUGGAGAAAAGACAAAAUUCAUAGUGGACAUGAACCUUCCACGUGACCUGACUGUCACCAUUGAAAACUGCAGAAUUAUAAAAGUGCAGUAUAAACUCAAGGUCUAUCUGGAUGUGUCUUUCGCCUUCGAUCCAACAGUCAAAUUUCCUGUGGUUAUUCUUCCAGCUGACCAACAAUGUCCUCCCUGUCAAGGCCCACCUGUAGGAUUCCAGCCAUAUCUGCCACCUCAGCCUAACCUUGUGCCCUGUCCUGCUGGACAACCACCUCCAUAUGCAGAACUUUACCCCAAUCUGUAUGACCCUACAGCUCUACCCCAUCCAGGAGCUGCUGCAGAGGUUUAUCCAGAUCCAAAUGCCAUGCUGCCCGGUUUCCAUCCGACUCCAUCUGCACCAGUUUAUGAUCCAAAUCAAAGCACUAAAGAAUCCUCUUCUAAUGUGCCUUAUUAGUCUCCUUCACCAGACUUACGAUGUGAAAUUAUGAUAAAAUAAUUGUUUUAAUCCA